AUGAACAUUGUCUGCCAUCCGCGCCGUGGGAGACCUUACGGCUUCCAGCAGGCCCUGAAGAGCGGCUUGCGCCUCUGCGUCAAAGACCUCCGUUUGGUGGCCGAGCGGUUCGGAUCCCCGGAAGAUCUGUCGUGUGGCCUGGUAUCCUACCCAGCCAGCCCCGGCGGAGGUUCUGCUUCCGUCUGUCGUUUGGGAACCGUCGGUAUAGACAACAAUAUCCCGCUUUGA